AUGUCUGAAGGUGGAACGGCGCAGACUCAGACGCAGACGCAGACUCAAGCGAGUUCGUCGGGCAGAGGAGGCUCCCAGUCUGGCCGGAGAGGCAGAUCAGGACGAGGAAGAGGCGAGGCAGGAAACGCCCGUGGUGGUCGGCGGGGUGGCGGCAGGAAUGCUGCCACCCAGCCUCAGAACCAAGCUGAGCCAGCACCAGCUUCCGAAGCCGCGCCGGGAAACGCACCAGAGGCGCCGUCGUCCAGUUCAGGGAGAAGGGGCAGAGGCCGUGGUGGCGGCGGUGGUAGAGGCGGCCGACGCGGUGGUGCCGUCCGUGGCGGGACUGUUCCCGGAACCCAGCGGACGUUCGGCGGUAGUUUGACGACCAAUGUCAAUACGGACGCAUCAGAGGAGCCUGGUCUGAGUGCAGAUGCUCCUGAUUUCAUUCCUGGGCAGCCCCUUGUCCAAAGAGGCAAGCAAGCCUCGAAGCCGAAGAAGCCUCAGUAUCCGUUGGCUCCAAAGUCUACAGCCGCAGACUUGCCCACGCGGAUUCAUGAGGACAUCAGCAACGGACAGUAUGAGUGCGUCAUCUGCUCGAGCGAAGUCCUACGGCCAUCUCGGGUAUGGUCGUGCGGACUGUGCUGGACGGUAUUGCAUUUGACAUGCGUCAAGAAGUGGUUUACGAGCCAGCUGAAGAAGGACGACGACACGCGAUCCUGGCGCUGCCCGGGUUGCAACUCUAGCUUGACCGAAGAGCCCUCGUCUUACCAUUGCUGGUGUGGCAAGGACAUCAGCCCUCGAAACGUCCCUGGAUUACCUCCCCAUUCUUGCGGACAGACUUGCUCGAAGCCCAGAGCGACAUGCCCGCAUCCAUGCUCUCUUGAAUGCCACGCCGGCCCGUGCCCGCCUUGUACCUUGAUGGGGCCGACGCAGUCGUGUUUCUGCGGCAAGCAUGAGGUGACGAAGCGGUGCAGCGAGACAGAUUACGGUAACGGAUGGAGCUGCAAGGAGAUCUGUGGAGACUUGUUGCCAUGCGGCGAGCACUUCUGCUCUACCCCAUGCCAUCCCGGCUUGUGCGGCAACUGCGAAGUCCCUGUGCAGGCGAGAUGCUACUGCGGCAAGGAGCACAAGGAAAUCUCUUGCGACAGCCGAGGCGAUCUUCAGAUGUCUUUCAACUACGGGCAAGUCUCCAGCUCCGACUCUGAAGACAUCUCCGAGGGCAGCUGGUUCGACGGGUCUUUUGAUUGUGGCGCGACCUGUAGAAGGAAGUACGAUUGCGGCCUUCAUGAGUGCGAAAAGGCAUGCCACCCUCAGGACGAGGUACCGGCACAUUGUCCAUCGGCCCCCGACGUUGUUCUGAACUGUCCUUGCGGCAAGACGCCUUUGGACGAGCUUCUCGACCAGCCGAGACAAUCUUGUGAGGACAAGAUCCCUCACUGCAAGAAGACUUGCGACAAGACCCUGGCGUGCGGCCACAAAUGCACCGACACAUGCCACACCGGCCCUUGCAGCCCUUGCUUCCAGAAGGCAGAUAUCUCCUGUCGAUGCGGUCGGACCGUGAGCUCCUCCCUGUGUCACCAGGGCGAGAUCGCCACGCCCAUGUGCAUGAGAGUCUGCCAGGCCCAGCUCAACUGCGGCCGUCACAAGUGCGGUGAGCACUGCUGCCCCGGAGAGAAGAAGGCCAUCGAGAGACAGGCCGCCAGAAAGAAGCACAGGCAGCAGCAGGCCCCUGAUGAGGUGGAGGCUGAACACAUCUGCCUCCGUAUCUGCCACGCUGGGCCAUGCCCAAGCUGUCUUGAGGCCGUCUUCGAGGAGAUCAGCUGCGCGUGCGGCAGAACCGUUCUGCAGCCUCCCCAGCCUUGCGGAACUCGGCCCCCAGAGUGUCGCUUCGAUUGCAGGAGAGCACCGCCUUGCGGCCACCCCACGGUCAAGCACAACUGCCAUCCCGACGACGUCCCUUGCCCCAAAUGUCCCUUCCUCGUGGAAAAGGCCUGUAUCUGCGGCAAGCAGAGGAUGAAGAACCGGCCGUGCUGGUUGGAGGAGGUUCGCUGCGGUCUCCCUUGCGGCAAGAAGCUCAAGUGCGGAAAGGAGUGCCAUCGCCCAGGCGAGUGCGAAGAUGCCGAUAUUCCCGGCUCUCACUGCGCGCAGUCCUGCGGCAAGACGCGCAAGUCCUGCGAGCACUCGUGCCAGGACGCCUGCCACGCCCCCUAUCCAUGCAAGGAAGACCGCCCCUGCCAGAGCAAGACCUUCAUCACCUGCGAUUGCCAGCACCGCAAGAAGGAGGUCAAAUGCCUCGCGACGAAGAUUAACCCGACGCCAGAACGCGACACCCUCAAGUGCGAUGAUGAGUGUCUUCGCCUCCAGCGCAACCAGCGCCUCGCUGCCGCCCUCAACGUCGACCCGGACCACACGGACGACCACAUCCCCUACUCGGACACGACCCUCAAGCUCUUCCGCGAGCUGUCUUCCACCUGGGCCCAGAACCAGGAGCGCGAAUUCCGAGUCUUCGCCUCGGAGCCCUCGGAGAAGCGUCUUCGCUUUAAGCCCAUGCCCUCCUUCCAGCGCGCCUUCCUGCACGCCCUCGCCGAGGACUUUGGCUUCGACUCGGAGAGCCAGGACCCAGAGCCGCACCGCCACGUCUCCAUCUUUAAGACGCCGCGCUUCGUCUCGGCGCCCAAGAAGACGCUGGCGCAGUGCGUCAAGAUCCGCAACGACGCCGCCAAAUCCGCCGCCUCGGCUGCCGCCGCAUCCUCGUCGGCGGCCUCUGCCUCGGCGCUGGAGCCCUUCAACGGCCUCCUGCUCGCGGCGCCGCGCUUCGGUCUGACGAUCGACGAGGUCGAGUCCGCCCUCGCCAGCCAUUUGAAGGCCCACAACACCCUCUCCUUCACAACCUCCUUCCUCCCCUCCGAGGAGAUCCUCAUCCGCGCCGUCCCCGUCACAUCCUGGGGCACGACGCCCUCGGCCGUCGAGUCUGCCCUCGCCUCCCUGAAGCCCCUCGUCGCGCGGACCGUGACGAAGGAAGGCAUCGCCGCCGCCGUGACCAUGGUCCACGCCGACGCGAGCCUCAACGUGCUCCGCCGCGAGGGUACGUCCUCGGCGGACGGCGGUAGCGGCGGGUGGAAUGCCGUCGUCGGUCGCGCCGCGGCGCAGCGCAGGACCCUUGCGCCCAAGCCUGCCGCGGAUGCGCGCCCCGCCAGCGGCUUCGUCAGCUUUUCGAGGCUGGCGAGGAAGAAGAUGGUCGAGGACUCUGUCGCGGACGACUGGGAAGCCGCCGCCGACAGCGACGAGUGA